AUGGAAUUUACUCAUCGGUUCACUCCUUUGGAUCGUCUUCGUUGUAAUAGUUUAGAUUGGUCCAUUAAGGUUAGGGUGGUGAGAAUGUGGAAAGUUAGACGUUGUUUGAAAACACAUGAUAUUUAUGAGAUUGAGCUUAUUUUACUUGACAAAGAGGGUAAAAAGAUUCAAGCAACUGUUCCUGCUGAAUUUGUUGAUCGUUUUGCUAAUAUUUUAUUCGAAGAUGGUGUAUACAUGAUUGAAUAUUUUCAUAUGUUAUGGGUGUUGUCAUUGAUGUAUUUUUGCCAUCCAGCUGAUGGAAUGAGUGGUGGAAUGGAUUGUGGUGUGAGAGUUAUAUUAGCUGAUAUGUGUGGAAAGUUUGAGUGUUUUCUAUCUGGUCGUAAUGCUUAUGAGUUGGAGAGGAUGUUGAAUGGAUGUACCAGGGAUUUGCCUAUUUUAGUACUGCUUUUUGUCAGGAUUGUUGCCAAAAAUGGUUUUGUGUUUAUUGAAUGUAUUGAUGAUGUUAGCAAAGUUUUAUUGAAUCCUCCUUAUGUGGAAGUGGAUCAGUUUAAGAAUGAUAUGGGAUAUAAGUGUUGUUCCGUUCCUUUGGUUAAGAAAGAAUACUAUUCAGGUUCCAAAUCAUGUAAAGAGCUGGAGUUUACUCGGCUCUAUCCACAUAAAACUGUGCAUGAACUGAUUCACACAUUUCAGGAUGGAUUGUUUGUUCUCUGUGGCAAAAUUGUUGGUCUUUUCAAAGUUGAUCAGUGGUUCUAUCGGUGUUCUCUUCAAAUUGGCAUUCAGGAUGGAACAUCUGGAGUAUUGUUGCCAAUGUCUGAGAAUUUGCUUGAAGGAAUUGAAUCCAUUCGUGACAAUGGAUCUUCCUUUGCUUUGAGUGACUAUGGUGAAAAAAAUACUGGCUGA